CCUCGGCUGCAAUGCAGUCGGGCGGGCCUGGAGGAGCCGCCGGGGCACGGGAUGACCCCGCGCUGGGGACCUGUCGGGAGUUCCCUCCUGCCGCGUCCCUUCCCCCCUCCCUCCGCCUCUAGCCGCCUCCGAGCUCCCAUUCCGCGAGGCCCCCGGCGCCUCCGCCCUCCCGCUUCCCAUGACCUCAGUGAGACGCGCUCGGGAUCAAGUUUAGGCUGGUUUUCCAGCGGGCCGCCGGCCAGACCGCAGAAACCGCCGCCGUUCACACCCGGCGGCCGCGGCCCUCCCGCGGCCAGGGCGGGACGGGCGCGGGCGGCGGGGGACGGGACCCUCUCGCUGGGCCCCCAGGCCCGGCGGCGGCUGUCGGAGAGGUUCGCCUUUCACCAUCCGCUGAAUUCUAAGCCGGCGGGGCCCCCAAGGGUCGGCGCACGGGGCACGAUCGGCCGCUGCGAGCCACAAACUGGGGCGGGUGCGCCCUGAGGAACUCGCGCUCACUGCCGGUCCGGGAUCCCUCCGUCCCCCGCAAACCGGGAGUUUCCGCCCGGCUCCCCGCAAGCUCGGGAUUCUCCGGCCCCCUGUCCCCCCGCCACAAAACCCACCGCAAGCCCAGGAGUCCCCCCCCCCCCCCCCGCCCCACAGCCCACUGCAAACUAGAGGUCACUGCCCUCCCACCCCCAGCCAGUCCCGGACUCCCGCCUUCCCCCUUCCACGCAGGCCCAGGAUCUCCCUCGUCACCCGGGGCACUGCAAGCCCGAGAAUCUCUCUGUGUCCUCGCUCACCGCAAGCCAGGGAUCCCUCCUGCACUAGCCCCAACCCCGCCCCACCAAUUUAGGAUCCCCUUCCAUCCGCAGCCCAUCGCACGCCCGAUCCCGCCUGUCCCCGGCGGGGUCCCAACUCCGGCCUCAGUCCCCAGACUGUGGGCGGGAGGGGCGCGGGUUGGGGAUUAUCUCGCGCUGCCCGCGCCCCGCAGCUCAAGGGGAGGCAGGACCCCACCCACCGCGGCCUCUCCUCCCGGCCUCGCGUUUCGCCGCGGACGAGCCCCUGGGCGCGGCUGCAGCUCUCAGCCGCGCCCGGGGGCUCCUCCGCCCACCCAGGGCUUCCUGCGAACGCUGGGACUUGGGACUUUCCUGAGUUUUGCGGCUCGUGGCAGAUACCGCGCCCUCGAGGCACAAGCCCCUGGAGUCGGCUUUCACGUUUUCCAUCACUACAGCCGAGCGUAACUUAAUUAGCUUCUUUUUCGUUUCCCCAAGGGAGAAAAGGAACCUGAGUGGGAGGAGCCGAUUGUCUCCUCUGCCCAGAGGCCGUGAAUCCCUGGGGCUCGGGUGCGGUGGCCUCCGCAGCCGGGGUUUCCGGGGACGGUUCUCAGCGGCAGUGGUGGCCUCCUGGAAACUUCAGAGGAACUGUAUCUGAAGCUGCUUCUAGCCACAUGUACCCUCUAAUAGUGGCCUGUGGGGCGGGAGGGGUAGGCGGCCUCCCUGGCGGCGGCGCUCCCAGGAAGCGGACAGAGCCGAGGGCACACUCCACGCCUGGGUCCCGGUCCCGCCUGGCAGGGCAGCGGCACAGCACGGUCUCCCCGUGUUGUGCCGCCGACAUCACCCGGUCGCCAAAAGGCCUCUCCUUGCCCGAACUCCGCAGGUGCCCCAGGGCCCGGGCUCCCGUGGGUGGCGCUGCCUGUGCCCCGCGCUCAGGACCUGCAGUUAACCCCACCUGACUCUGUCUCGCUUUUCUUGGGCACUUGGGUCUCCCGCCACCUUUGUGUAUCUUGGACGUUAGAUUCACUGUCAGAAGCGUUUUUGUAUUUGGCCAGUUCCAAACUCAAACUUCUCUACAAAGCCCACAUUCCUGGUCGUUUGGGGUUUUAAAGGCCAAGGGAGAGUGGAGGAAGUGAUGUUCUGGCCUUCCCGUUCUUUCAGGCCUGGCCCCCACCCCCGUUCCCAGAAUUUGGGGUGGCCUUUCCUGAUCACUCAUCCCAAAAACAUGUUUUUUCGCUUUUGGACUCUGGAAGCCUCCCUGUUUCCACCACUCAGCACACAUUUUGCACUUGGGUUCCUUGAUUUGUUCUGUCCUCUCACACCUUCCUGGGGGACACUCCAGGCUUCCUGAGAUCUGCUUGUCCACCCCAACAUGCCCUAGCACACUGCUGUGUCCUAAGCUUUUAGGAGCUGUACAACAGCUUUUCGUGGCAGUGUGGCCGCUGUGGGCCAUGUUGGGAGGGGCAUAAUGGCACCUUAGCCGCAACUCUACAGACUGGCUGAUUUUGCCUUCUCUGGGCAGGUCAGUAAAUAACUGCCCCCCGGAGAUGACUUGCCUGGUGAUCUGGCUUCAGGAGGAUCCCAGAUCCGGGGCUCACAGCUGCUACAGCGCGCCUGAAUGGAGUCAGUGGAAACCUCGGGUCUCUGCUGCUGUGGGCCUGGCAUGAACCCCCGGCCUUCACAGCCAGCGCACUUCACAA